AUGUCGGACGAAAAGAGGAUGUCGAUUGAAAAGGUCGACGUGGCCAUUGAGACCACAGAGACGGACAUUUCUGCCGCAGCGGUGCAGGCCAGAUUCCCAACACUCCAAGAUCUUGACGAAGCAGAGAUGGCGGCUCUCAACAAACGGUUACUCCGUCGAAUUGAUUGGCGUCUGAUGCCAACAAUCACCAUCAUGUUUUUGAUGAACUAUCUCGAUCGUAUCAAUGUUAGCAACGCACGUCUCGCCGGCCUUCAAGAAGAUCUCGGCAUGAGUGAUUCCGUGUGGAAUGCAGGAAUCUCAACCUUUUACGUUGGAUAUCUCAUAGGACAAUUGCCAGGCAACCUGUGGUUGGCAAAAGUCAGACCGAGUCUACUACUUCCUGGCAUGAUGAUUGGAUGGAGCAUCUGCACCAUCUGUAUGCCMGCUUGCACUUCCGGCGUUGGUUUCUGCAUGGUUAGAUUCGUUACUGGUCUAUGUGAAGCGCCUUUCUUCCCCGGAAUCACUUUGAUGACAUCCUCAUGGUACACCAGAGACGAAAGUCCCAUGCGCAUGGCCAUCUGGCACGCCGGCAACACCAUUUCAAACAUCAUCUCUGGUUUCCUGGCCGCUGGAAUUCUCCACCACAUGGGCGGUAUCGCCGGCCUUUACAGCUGGCAAUGGUUCUUCAUCAUCGAGGGAGGAGUCAGUAUCCUCGUCGGCGUCGUCGCAUUUUUCCUCCUCCCAGACUGGCCUGAGAAUACGCGCUGGCUCAAGCAAGAAGAGCGAGAGAUGGCUCAAUACCGAGUGAUCAUGUCCAACGGAGGAAAGGAAGAGCAAGUCGGUGGCACUUGGGACGGACUCAAGGACGCCGUCAAAGAUCCCUUCACUUGGAUGUUCUGCGGCAUGCACUUCUCCCUCAUCAACGCCCAAUCCUUCAAAGACUUUUUCCCAUCGAUCAUCAAGACUUUCGGCUUCAGCGAGCUCAACACCUACCUCGUCCAAGCCCCUCCAUAUGCCCUCGCCUACGCCGUCGCCUGUGCCUGCGCCUGGAGCUCCGGCAAAUUCCGAGAAUCCUGCUACCACAUCAUCGUCCCCAUUUUCGCAUCAGCCAUUGGCGUCUCCCUCAUGAUGUCCACCCCUAACGUGGGCGCACGAUAUUUCGGUGCCUGUCUCCUCAUCUGCGGAACAUACAACGGUCUCAAUUUACAGCUCUCCUGGGAAACCACUCUAGUCCCAGCGCCACGAAGCAAAAAAGCCGCAUUGAUCGCCAUUGCCAAUUGCGUGAGUCAGUGCAGUCAUUGGUUCUCCCCGCAUUUCUUCCCCACGAGCCAGGAGCCGUUUUAUCGUCUGGGAGGUGGGUUGAUUUUAUUCGGAUGCUUGUGCACUGUGCUGCUCUGUUGGGCAGUCAAGGGGUGGGCUAAGAGGCUGAAUAAGAAGUUGGWUGAGGCGGAGGGGUAUAGUGCGCAUACUGGUGUUGAGCGAGGUUGGAGAUUCGCUUAUUGA